AUGCGGCCAUCUUUAAGACUAUAUUCACAUGAAUCUCCAAGAAUACAAGCUCCGAAGGACGCGGGAGUAGUAUUUUCAAAUCAAGCGUUUCCACUGAGAUACGUGUUAAACAUAAAGCCGUGGCUGUUUUUAUGUGUAGUAGGGUUUUCUGGCACAUUUUGCGGUAAUUAUUUCUAUAAAAGGUUCCUGCUGAGGCCAAAUCCACCAAACCCUAAGCGGGACCCGAACGAGAAGCCUCCAGAGAGACACCCUCACGCACCAGAGGAAGAGUAA